GUUGGAACAAACCCGGAUAUCAUUUUUUUUUUUAAAGCGAGUAAAAACCUCCUCGCCUGUAGGUGGCAGUGUGGACAAUUUAAGCUCAGAUUAAAACAAGAGAAUAUGAAGAUCAUACGCAUGCGCGUGCAAAGUCUACGUCAGCUCUUCUCUACUAACAAGCUGCCCAAAAGCUACGUGGCCCUCACCCCUCUGACUGUCUUCUCGUCUAACACGACCUCACAAAUAGCUUGAACACCAUGGAUCAGGUAAUGCAGUUUGUUGAGCCCAGCCGGCAGUUCGUCAAAGACUCCAUACGGCUCGUAAAGAGAUGCACAAAGCCCGACAGAAAAGAAUUCCAGAAGAUUGCCAUGGCCACAGCGAUUGGGUUUGCCAUCAUGGGCUUCAUUGGUUUCUUUGUCAAACUCAUUCACAUCCCCAUCAACAACAUCAUUGUUGGUGGUUAAAUCCUGGUCAAGAAAAAAAACACAAACUUCAAUACCCGGGGACAGGCGAUGGUGGUGUAAAGUGUUAUUGGGCUGGUGUGAUUGGGGACUGAAGGGAUGUCAUUUUUACAUUCUGCGCAACAUUUAUAUUCAAUGUGUAAAUAAAACAGAUGGAAACCCACA